AUUUAUAUUAUUUGUAAUUUGUCUGUCAUUAGUCAUUGAUUGAUUUUACAUAUAGAGCUCGUGAUUAUUAUAAUAUUUCAUUUAAUACUGAAAAAUGAAUUUAAUUCACGAUUUCAUCGAACCACCGACGCCUUUUCCAUAUCGAUAUCGAAAAUGUAUAUACUGUAAGAAAUCAAACAUCUUCAAGGCAGUAUACAAAUGUAAGGACUGUCGUAAAGUAUGCCAUCGCAAUUGUUAUAAGGAAAUUCUAGAAAUGAAAUUAAAACGUGAAGAAGAAUUAGAACUCAUGAAAUCAACUAUCGAAAUAAUUAACAAUAAUGAAAUCGUUAAGAAGACAACGCUGCACCAAUGUGACAUAGAAUCGGACAUUACUAACCAUGGUUUAACUAAUGAACUACCUAGUACAACAUAUCUCAAAUGCACUGACAUUAAAUCGAACAUUAAUGACCAUCGUUCAAUUACAUUAAAUGAACUGUCCAGUACAACAUCUUUGAACGUGAAUAUUUUGAAUGGUCGUAGAAUAGUUGACAUAGGUCAUGUUUUCAACGAAAUUCAAAAUAUUCGUCAUAGCGGUGGACUUGGAUGUUCAUUUUCAGAUAUGAUUUUUAAAAGAGAAGAAAUAAAUGGAUACUUCUCAAUAUUCUAUUUUCAUUGUAAAAUGUGCGGUAUCGAAAAACAAAUAUCUUCUGAAAAUACUAAGAACAUUGAAUGCAUUCCAAUAAAUAAAGCAGUAGUCAAUUCUACAAAAGCUAUAGGUAUUGGAUAUGCACAACUGUCUGAACUUUCGACUUGCAUCGAUAUACCUUCAAUGUCAUCCAAUACAUAUCAGUCAUUAUUAUCACCUGUCGGCGAAGUAGUGCAUGAUUUAGCGAAGGAUGAAAUAAAAGAGGUGGAAGGUAUAUUGCCUGUCGGCGAAGUAGUGCAUGAUUUAGCGAAGGAUGAAAUAAAAGAGCUGGUGGAAGGUAUAUUGAGUGAAAUCGUUGCACCAAAAAGCGUGCAUGAAAUAGAAGAAAAUAAAGGAGAUGAAUUGCAAAAUUCAGAAAAACAACAACAUAAGUCAUUUCUGCAGACGUACCAAGAUCCAAGUACCAGCUUAGCUGUUAACAUAUUGCAGGAUGUACAACAAAUCGAAUCAAAUAGAGUAGCUCUGGGUGAAGAAAAUUUCACCUUAGAAGAAAACAAAGAUAUUUCGGCAGUAAACGAGGAUACUAAACACGAAACAGGACUCGAUGUACAACAAAUCAAAUCAAAUGAAGUAGCUCUGGGUGGAGAAAAUUCCGCCUUAGAAGAAAACAAAGAUAUUUCGGCAGUAAACGAGGAUAUUAAACACGAAACAGUCAUCGAUAUUGAUGCAAAUGAACUGGAAAAUGUUUUGGACGAACGGAGUCAAAAAAAGAGUUUCUGGAGAUGGCUAAUUCCAUUCUGGGGAAGAAAUCAAGUUAAAACAAAAUCAAAUUCAAUUAAAAACAACGAGUAUUUAAUGCUCAAUUAUUAAAUAUUUAAUGCUCAAUUUUUAAAUAUUAAAUGCAUAACCUCCAAAGGUAUAUUAUAUAUUAAAAAAACAUAGUUAAAUAUUAAGUAACCAUAGGAUAAGUGUCACCACUGGAUGGCUCCUUCCAUUACAACAAUAUUACUUCCAACUGUACUUUUAUCCUAUACUCUUAUUAUAUUAAUGAUACAGAUAGUAUACUAAUAGUAAAAAUAAAAAUAAAAGAUUCUUAAGUUUUAAGGUAAUAUUAAAAAACAACCUAACUUAUAGAUAUGAGGUUUAUUUUAUUUUAUUCAAUAUACAUAAUGUCGUUUUAUACGUAAAGUUCAGUUUUGAAAAUACAUCAGAAAAAUGAUAACCUCCAAAAGUAAUGACAGUCAGUCAUGUUUGGCUAGAUACGUUUUUUUUUUUUGUCCAAAAUUAAACACGACUUAAUGAAUUAAGCAGUUAUAUAAAGACCAAGAAAAUUUCACUCCGGAAGUAUAUAAAAACAUUUCGAUAUCAAUUGCAAAUAUUCAAUGCGUAACAAAACUCAAUCCCAAUGUGACUGUACUUGAAAAGGUAUCAAAUGGAGCUUUUUCCUAGAACAGAAUAAAAAUACUUCGAUAGCAACUAUCUGAACUAUCUAACUAUUUAGCUUUUAAGAAAAAUCCAUUUUAUAUUAUUAGCUUUAGUGUUAUAGUGAAUUUAUCCAUUAUUAAACUGAAAGGUUAGAAUAUUAUCUAUGACAUCUUAUAAUAUUUUAGUAAUAUUAUAUAAUUUCAAAGUGAGUUAGGUUCAUUUAAAUAAGGUGAUAGUUUAGUCGCUGUAGACAACAAGAAGCGUGUGUGCAGGAAGAACUAGAAGUUGAAAGUGAUCGUUUAGCCGUCAGAAAGGAAAAACCGAAACGCCGAUUACUAUGUAAGCGCAAAAAAGAUUUUUUAGGUGCAUGUUUUGUUAUGGAGCAUAGUUUAAGCUUUUCGCGUUGUUAAAUAUUUAAUUUAAUUUUUUUAAUGGACGAACCAAUGAAAUACUUUGCCGACCAUGUGCAUAGAAUACAUUAUUUUAACAAUAAUCAGCUUAUAUAAUUAGUAUAUUUUUGUUUUAUGAAUCAGAGGUGUAAAGUUUAUUAUAAUAUAACAAGCAAACCAUGAAAAAAAAAAAUUGCCUAUUAUAUUAUGAUAAACUUUACGCCUCUGAUUCACAAAACAAAAAUUUACCAAUUAUAUAAGCUGAUUACUGUUAAAAUAAUGUAUUCUAUGAUCACACGGUCGCCAAAGUAUUUCAUUGGUUAGUUCAUUAAAAAAACUAAAUUAAAUAUUUAAUAACAACACCUAAAAAUCUUUUUAUGCGCUUACAUAGUGAUCGGCGUUUCGGUUUUUCCUCUCUAACGGCUAAACGAUCACUUUCAACUUCUAGUUCUUCCUGCACACACGCUUCUUCGGUUGUUGUCUACAGCGACUAAACUAUCACCUUAUUUAAAUGAAAAUAACUCACUUUGAAAUUAUAUAAUAUUACUAAAAUAUUAUGAGAUGUCAUAGAUAAUAUUCUAACCUUUCAGUUUAAUAAUGGAUAAAUUCACUAUAACACUAAAGCUAAUAAUAUAAAAUGGAUUUUUCUUAAAAGCUAAAUAGUUAGAUAGUUCAGAUAGUUGCUAUCGAAGUAUUUUUAUUCUGUUCUAGGAAAAAGCUCCAUUUGAUACCUUUUCAAGUACAGUCACAUUGGGAUUGAGUUUUGUUACGCAUUGAAUAUUUGCAAUUGAUAUCGAAAUGUUUUUAUAUACUUCCGGAGUGAAAUUUUCUUGGUCUUUAUAUAACUGCUUAAUUCAUUAAGUCGUGUUUGAUUUUGGACAAAAAAAAAAAAACGUAUCUAGCCAAACAUGACUGACUGUCAUUACUUUUUUAGGUUAUCAUUUUUCUGAUGUAUUUUCAAAACUGAACUUUACGUAUAAAACGACAUUAUGUAUUGAAUAAAAUAAAAUAAACCUCAUAUCUAUAAGUUAGGUUGUUUUUUAAUAUUACCUUAAAACUUAAGAAUCUUUUAUUUUUAUUUUUACUAUUAGUAUACUAUCUGUAUCAUUAAUAUAAUAAGAGUAUAAGAUAAAAGUACAGUUGGAAGUAAUAUUGUUGUAAUGGAAGGAGCCAUCCAGUGGUGACACUUAUCCUAUGGUUACUUAAUAUUUAACUAUGUUUUUUUAAUAUAUAAUAUACCUUUGGAGGUUAUGCAUUUAAUAUUUAAAAAUUGAGCAUUAAAUGCUCGUUGCUUUUGAUUGAACUUGAUUUUGUUUUGACAAUUUCCUCAGUCGCUACAUCUUUUUGAGCUUCUUUACAAUGUAUUUUAAUUUAAAAUAUUAAAAAAUAUAUUCCUAAU